AUGCAUACCCAGGCUCCGUCAGCAACGCAGAGUAAGCGUGAAGGAGACAUAUCGGAUGCUUUCGCCUCCAUGUCCGGGCUUGAGGCCACACCUCUCCCAGAACGCUUCCUUGACCUCAAGCGGAAGCUAAUUCGCGGCAAUGAAGAUGCCGUGGUUGCCAGCUGGGACCGUUUACUCCAGCAACUCAGAAUCGAGAACGAUAUUAUGGCCAGAGAAGGACCAAAUGCUGUUCCUGUGGUCGACUUUAGGAGUUUGGACAGUGAUCUCGCUGUUCUAGGAUCCGAAAUCAAGAAAAGGGGGGUAGCCAUCGUACAGGGUGUCAUAUCCGAAGAGGAGGCAAGAGGAUACAAAAGUGAAAUUGAGGAUUACAUCAAGCAGAACCCUUCGACGAGAGCAUUUCCCCAAGAUAACCCUCAGGUGUGGGAGCUCUACUGGUCGGCUCCGCAGCUGAAAGCAAGAUCACAUCCGAACUUGUUGAAAGCCCAAAAGGCUUUGAUGAGCUUCUGGCACUUAUCAAAUCCCGAGAGUCCAAUCUCAUUGACCCAACCUCUUGCAUAUGCCGAUCGACUACGCAUUCGCCAGCCAGGAGAUGCGAAGUUCGCAUUGGGACCACAUAUCGAUGGCGGGAGCGUCGAGCGAUGGGAGGAAAAUGGAUACGGGCUUGGCAAUGUUUACGAUAAGAUCUUUGCGGGGAGAUGGGAGGAAUACGAUCCGUGGGAUGCGAGUACUCGUGUUCCAGCUGUGAUGAACAACUACGAUGGCCUGGGAGCUUGCUCAAUGUUUAGGAUGUUCCAGGGCUGGCUGAGUAUGAGCUAUACCGGACCCCAUGAAGGCACCUUGCAGGUCAACCCUCUGUUGCGUCUCUCUACAUCAUAUCUACUAUUGCGGCCCUUCUUCCGCCCAACUAAGUCGUCCACAAAUUCGGAAUUUCUGAGCGCAAGAAAUUGGGAGUUCUGUGGUACAGACAUGACGAGUGAUCUUCAAGGUGCCACUCCCGGACAUGGUCAGGAAUUAAGUGAUGCCCUGCAUCCACACCUUGAACUUGACAGGUGCAUGGUACAUAUGCCACGGGUGAAACCUGGCGACUUCGUUGUUUGGCAUUGUGACACCAUUCACGCUGUUGACAAGGUUCACAUGGGCAAAGCCGACUCUAGUGUCCUAUACAUCCCAGUGUGCCCGGUAACGGAACUCAACGCCAAGUACAUGAAGAGACAGAGGCAAGCAUUUCUAGAUGGUACACCAGGUCCUGACUUCCCGGGUGGUGUGGGCGAAAGCAAGCAUACCAACAGGUGUGGCCCAGAGUAUCUAAAAGCUCAUACUGACCUUGAAGGACUUCGGACAGCUGGUUUUGAGAAACUGACUCCUAAGAGUUCGGACCCGAUUGGUUCGCGAAAGGUCACCGAGGAAGCCAACCAGAUUCUUGAAUUGUAG